AUGUUAACUUUCUUAUUCACAUUAUUAUUCUGUAUUACUGUCUUUUCAGAAGACACUAAACAAGAAGACAAAGUCGAUGGACCAGUUAUAGGUAUCGAUCUUGGUACUACUUUCUCUGCUGUUGGUAUUUACAAUGGAGAAGGUAAAGGAGUAGAAAUUAUUGUCAACGACCAAGGUAAUAGAAUUACACCAUCAGUAGUUGCAUUUACAGACACAGAAAUUUUAGUUGGUGAAGCAGCAAAGAAUCAAAUUGCACAAAAUCCAGAAAAUACAAUCUUUGAAAUCAAAAGACUUAUUGGAAGAACAUUUGAUGACAAAGAAGUUCAAAGAGAUUUGAAAUUAUUCCCAUACAAAAUUAUUAAUAAGAACAAUAAACCAUUUAUUGAAGUUAAAUAUAAAGGAGAAAGAAAAGAAUAUUCACCAGAAGAAAUUAGUGCUAUGGUUAUUAAGAAAAUGGCAGAUACUGCUUCUACAUAUCUUGGAAAAGAAGUUAAACAUGCUGUAAUUACUGUUCCAGCAUAUUUCAAUGAUGCCCAAAGACAAGCAACUAAAGAUGCAGGUAAAAUUGCAGGAUUAAAUGUAUUAAGAAUAUUAAAUGAACCAACAGCAGCUGCUAUGGCUUAUGGAUUAAAUAAAGUAGGAGGAGAAAAGAAUAUUCUUGUAUUUGAUCUUGGAGGAGGAACAUUUGAUGUAUCAUUAUUAAAUAUUGAAGACAACGUUUUUGAUGUUAUUUCUACAUCAGGAAAUACCCAUCUUGGAGGAAGUGAUUUCGAUCAAAAGGUAACAGAAUAUCUUGUUGACGUUUUUAAGAGAAAAUAUGGAAAAGAUCUUAGAAACGAUAAACGUGCUAUUACAAGAUUAAGAAGAGAAGCUGAAAGAGCAAAGAGAGCAUUAUCUGUACAACAACAAGAUAGAAUUGAAAUUGAAAAUUUAGCUGAUGGAAUAGAUUUCUCAUUUACAUUAACUAGAGCUAAAUUCGAAGAAUUAAAUCUUGAAUUAUUUAAAUCAACAAUUGCUCCAGUCAAAAAAGUACUUGAAGAUUCUGGAAUGUCAAAAGGUAGUAUUCAUGAAGUUGUAUUGGUUGGUGGUUCUACUCGUAUUCCUAAAGUUCAACAAUUACUUAAAGAAUUCUUUAAUGGAAAAGAACCAUCUCGUGGAAUUAAUCCAGAUGAAGCUGUUGCUUAUGGAGCUGCAGUUCAAGGAGGUGUUUUAAGUAAUAUUAAAGGAACUGAAGAUAUUGUUUUAUUAGAUACUACUCCAUUAACACUUGGUAUUGAAACUGUUGGAGGUGUAAUGACUUCAUUAAUUAAAAGAAAUACUCAUAUUCCAAUUUCAAAAUCACAAACAUUCUCUACAUAUCAAGACAAUCAACCAUCUGUUACUAUUCAAGUUUUUGAAGGUGAACGUACAAUGACUAAAGAUAAUCAUUUCCUUGGAAAAUUCGAUUUAGAUGGAAUUCAACCAGCACCACGUGGAGUUCCACAAAUUGAAGUUACAUUUGAAGUUGAUGUCAAUGGUAUUUUAACCGUAUCUGCCGAAGAUAAGAAAUCAGGAAAAAGUGAGAAAAUCACAAUCACAUCUGAGAAAGGUAGAUUAACUGAAGAAGAAAUUGAAAGAAUGAUUAAAGAAGCAGAAGAAAGAGCAGAAGAUGAUAAGAAACUUAAAGAACAAGUUGAAGCUAAAAAUCAAUUAGAAAAUUAUGCUUAUCAAAUUAAGAAUACUGUAAAUGAUAAUGAAAAACUUGGAGGAAAAAUAGAAGAAGGUGACAAGAAAGUAUUACUUGACGCUGUUCAAGACGUUACUUCAUUCCUUGAAAAUAACGCAACUCCUACAAAAGAAGAAUGUGAUGAUAAAUAUAAACAAUUAGAACAAAUCGCACAACCAAUUCUCGCUAAAUAUGGUGGAGGAGCUCAACAACAAGCUCCAGGUUAUGACAAUAACCAACAAUAUGGAAAUUAUGAAGAAUAUGAAAAAGAUGAACUUUAA